UACAUCCGGUGAAAUAUCUGGCUCUAUAUUGUGAUCGCUGUGUACUGUGCAUCUGACGCUAAGGACACGUCAUUUUAGCAGUCGUGAUAGUUAGUUAUGCCCAUUUAAUUAUCGUUAUCUAAUGGACGAGGUUUGUGUAUACGUAGUAUUUGUUUGUAAAUGAAUCAUUGAAAUGGUUGGAGUAUCGAAUACCGACGUGGAUAACAGUUGAAUUGCGUUUGCUUUGUUUUGGACACACUGGUGUUAUUGUGUGGAGUGGACAAUCCUCUGUGCAUUGAGCGCCCCCUAGUGAUGCCUCAGCUGAGAGGGGAAAAUGUUGCAGCCUACCUUGACUUCAGAUCUAGAGGCAUUUUUGAUGCUGGCACUUUGUCAAAACUCAACUUGAAGAUUCUCAGGGGUAUUGUCCUCCAGGACAGCAAAGACUUCACCAAAGUUUGGACCAAGUCCUCGAAAUCCACUAUAUUUUAUGAGAGUGGGAGGAUUUAUUUUGAAAAUUAUCAGUGCUGCUUCAGUAGCCUUCCAUCUGAGCCACAACUUCUGUAUGAAUUACCCAAGCGGUCCAAAACGGAGAAGAUUGAAGAUGCAUUGCUAUGCCAGUGCCCUCUUGACAAAGGGUUGCCAACACCGUCAGAUCAAAAACCUAGCCUCUUGGCCUUGACCGGCAAUAAUUGGCUGUAUCGGUUCUCAGCUGUGACAGGACAACAAUUGGAGAAAGUUUACUUGUCCCCACAUUACAAGUUCAGAUACCUUGGCUGGGAUGUAUCGCAGGAGACAUUUUAUGUCAAGUCCAUUCAGAAUAAAGUGACAUCUUCAGCAAGACAGGCAGGUUUCAACCAAAACACCUUGCUGUACCUCGCCGUGUUCCGCAUUUUCCCCCUGCAACUUGUGGGCGUUCUUGAGAUCAACAAAAGUAUAUUUGGAAGCACUGUCAUUGAUGUAGUUCUGUCCCAAGGGGUCCUUGCAGUUUCUCACAGUACCAAGACUGUGAAGCUCUAUAGCUUUGAAGACAUUCUGAAUAAGUACAUAACCAAGGAAUUGGUUAUUGGGGAGCAGUGUCAUUCAGAAGGCGGUAAAACUGUGGGAGAAGCUCCAUUUGGCAUUCCAGUGAAUAUCCACAUCAACGAGUGCCCCCCAGUGCUGUUUGAGGUGUCAUGCUUUGAUAAUGGAGUUCAGAUCGGAGGCCAUCCAUGGCACUAUAUCUUCACCCUACCCCAUAAGAAACACCAGGGGUCGUACCGCAUCUGUUCUCUCAAGGAUAACACCCUGGCAAAGCAUGGAAUACAAGACAUGAAGUGCUGUUCUCUGGAGUCUGACUGGAUCUACUUCCAUCCUGAUGACUCAGGAAGAAUCAUCCAUGUUGGACCUAGCACCAUAAAUGUGCUGAAAAUUCUGAGUGAACUGGAGAGUGACACUGUGUUCGAUAUAGUGAAGGAGUUUUCCAUCACAGCGCAACGAGACAAUGCUGCCUCCCAGAUCAGUGUCACCUCCUCAGGCCGCACAGUGAAGAGAAGAUUUCAUCAGCUGGAUGAUGACCCAGACCAAGAGACAUUCCGGAUGGUGGAGUAUGAGGAUGAGCUUGAUCUUCUGGCUGUUGUGGAGGUGACCCACAGAGAGGAUGAGGGGAAAGCCCACGUCAGACUCCAUGACAACAACACUGGAGCGUUACUGAAGAGGGUUCCACUUGUGGAGUCAUGGGAUGUGACUUACAGCCACGAGCUGUUCUUUGACAGAGAUACAAUUGUUCAUAUUGAACAGACGAAGAAUAAUAACUUUUGCUGCCAUGUCUACAAAAUCAGUCGUGGACAAGCAGAUGAGUGAAGUUGAGACAUUCCUUCCAACUGCUAAUGAUGUUAUUCAAAAAGAUUCCUCAAGUAAAUAGCCCCGUUGAAGCUGUUUUUGUAAAAGUAAUUUUUUACACUUUCUUUCCCAAUAAGGACUACAUGUUGUCAUGCUGUUGUUCUUUUCAAGAUGUUGUUGGUAGUCUAAUAAAGUGUCUGAAAUAGUUCUUCCAAAACAAUUGUUGGCUAACUGGGCUACUUCUGCAUUUUGUUUUUAGGACAUACAGUGCCUUGCAAAAGUAUUCAUCCCCCUUGGUGUUUUCCCUAUUUUGUUGCAUUAC